CGUUUUCGGCCGUUAUCUCUACCUUCCAUGCCAUCUUUAUCUGCUAGUGAGCUAUGGAGUAGUCGUGUGCACGAUGUGAAUGGCGGAUCAUUCCCGGUCUCUCAGAGCAAAGGAGAUAUGGAGCAAACAUUGGAUCAAAAUGUUCUCACCUUGGAGUGGUGUGCUUCUUCAUCAGUGCCGGCUGUAACGAUACCAGCGCCCGUGUUAGAGGCCUCUGCAGUCUCACGGCGUCAUACCUUGAAUUCAAUGAUACCUACCGCUAUCCAGGCACUUCAACUUCCAACCUCGCCUUCCUCCUAAUGUAUCGCUAUUUUUUCUCAUUGACUGUGAUACUGGAUAGUUGAAGACAUUGUAGUGGUGCAAGGGUUAUAAACAUUCUGUGUAGCAUCCGAUGCUCUUUCAAUUCGCUGACCUGAUAAUAGU